AUGUUCAGCUCUGGACGAAGAAUGGCCGAGAAGUGGAGAGUGGGGGAGAGACUCCAAUGCCCAGGGGGCCGUGCGCGGGCGGCGCUUGCGCGGUACGCGGACGGGGGGGCGGUCGGGCCAUUUAAAUGUGUGUUUGUGGGUGAAAUGGCUGCGCAGGUCGGAGCGGUCCGCAUAGUACGGGCGGUGGCGGCGCAGGAGGAGCCGGACAAAGAGGGGAAGGAGAAACCCCACGCUGGGGUCUCGCCGCGGGGAGUGAAGCGGCAGCGCCGAGCGAGCAGUGGGGGGUCUCAGGAGAAGCGGGGGCGGCCGAGCCAGGACCCCCCUCUCGCUCCCCCUCACCGGCGGCGUCGCAGCCGCCAACAUCCCGGGCCGCUGCCGCCAACGAAUGCAGCCCCAACCGUCCCAGGCCCUGUUGAGCCUCUGCUCCUGCCGCCUCCGCCGCCACCUUCGCUGGCACCCGCCGGGCCCGCUGUCGCUGCCCCGCUCCCGGCCCCGGGCACUUCGGCCCUCUUCACCUUCUCGCCCCUGACGGUGAGCGCGGCCGGGCCCAAGCAUAAGGGCCACAAGGAGCGGCACAAGCACCAUCACCACCGCGGCUCUGAUGCUGACCCCGGCUCCUGCGUUCCGGGAGAGCUCAAGCACAAGGACAAGCAGGAAAACGGCGAGAGGACUGGAGGGGUGCCUCUAAUCAAGGCCCCCAAGAGAGAAACACCAGAUGAAAAUGGUAAAACCCAGAGAGCUGAUGAUUUUGUCUUGAAGAAAAUAAAGAAGAAAAAGAAAAAGAAACACCGAGAAGAUAUGCGAGGAAGACGCCUUAAAAUGUACAAUAAGGAAGUACAAACCAUCUGUGCUGGCCUGACCCGCAUCAGUAAGGAAAUCCUCACCCAAGGACAAAUAAAUAGCACUUCAGGAGUUAAUAAGGAGUCCUUCAGGUAUCUGAAAGAUGAACAGCUGUGUCGAUUAAAUUUGGGCAUGCAAGAAUAUCGGGUACCCCAGGGAGUACAAACACCUUUUAUGACUCACCAGGAACAUUCUAUUCGUAGGAAUUUCUUAAAAACAGGUACUAAAUUUAGCAACUUUAUUCAUGAGGAACACCAGUCCAAUGGUGGUGCUCUUGUCCUUCAUGCUUACAUGGAUGAACUCUCAUUUUUGUCUCCAAUGGAGAUGGAGAGAUUUUCUGAGGAGUUUCUUGCUUUGACAUUCAGUGAAAACGAGAAAAAUGCUGCUUACUAUGCUUUAGCAAUAGUGCAUGGAGCGGCCGCUUAUCUCCCAGACUUCUUGGACUACUUUGCUUUUAAUUUCCCCAACACUCCAGUGAAAAUGGAAAUUCUGGGCAAGAAAGAUAUUGAAACAACCACCAUUUCAAAUUUUCACACUCAGGUCAACAGGACAUACUGCUGUGGCACCUACCGAGCAGGUCCUAUGCGGCAGAUAAGUCUUGUUGGAGCAGUAGAUGAAGAAGUUGGUGAUUAUUUCCCAGAGUUCCUUGAUAUGUUAGAAGAAUCACCAUUUCUGAAAAUGACUUUGCCAUGGGGUACACUUUCUAGCCUUCGACUCCAGUGUAGGUCCCAGAGUGAUGAUGGGCCUAUCAUGUGGGUAAGGCCAGGAGAGCAGAUGAUCCCUACAGCAGAUAUGCCAAAGUCACCCUUCAAAAGACGACGAUCAAUGAAUGAAAUUAAAAAUCUCCAGUACCUACCUCGGACCAGUGAACCCCGUGAAGUCCUCUUUGAAGAUAGGACAAGAGCUCAUGCUGAUCAUGUAGGUCAGGGGUUUGACUGGCAGAGUACGGCUGCUGUUGGGGUUUUGAAAGCUGUACAGUUUGGUGAAUGGAGUGACCAACCUCGCAUAACCAAAGAUGUGAUUUGUUUUCAUGCUGAGGAUUUUACUGAUGUUGUACAGAGACUUCAGUUGGACCUUCAUGAACCUCCAGUUUCCCAGUGUGUGCAGUGGGUGGAUGAAGCGAAACUAAACCAAAUGAGACGGGAAGGCAUUCGUUAUGCUAGAAUUCAGCUGUGCGACAAUGAUAUCUACUUCAUCCCUAGAAAUGUCAUUCAUCAGUUCAAAACAGUGUCAGCAGUGUGCAGCUUAGCCUGGCAUAUAAGGCUGAAACAGUACCACCCUGUUGUGGAAGCCUCUCAAAACACAGAAAGCAGUUCUAACGUGGACUGUGAUUUAACUGGAAAGAGAGAAUUAGAAGUUGACUCCCAGUGUGUGAGAAUAAAAACUGAAUCUGAGGAAACAUGCACAGAGAUGCAGCUUUUGACAACUGCUUCAUCGUCCUUCCCACCUUCAUCUGAACUUAAUCUACAGCAAGAUCAGAUGACUCAGCCUAUUCCAGUUUUAAAGGUGGAAAGUAGACUGGACUCUGACCAGCAACACGAUCUACAGGAACAUUCAAGCACUCCUGUGUGAUGUGUACAUACUCAAACACAUUUUUUAACUUUUUUAAAUUUUGAUGUGAAGUUAUAGUUUUAUAACUGGCUUAAGUUAAGUUUUAUUGGAGAAAUCUUGCCUAUAAUUCUAUAAAGAGAAAUGACAUUCCACAAAUGUCAAGCAUAUCUUUUUUACACAGAUUAUGCAAAGUUAAGAGUUGUAUCUUAUCCCGUUAGUACAGUAUGUAAUAGUGGGUCUGCUGCUACUUUCUGUUUUAAGGUGUGAGGUAACAAUUCAAUCUCUUCUUCAAAUCAAAAUGAGAAUUCUCUGGAAUAACAGAUUCUUAUUUGGUAAAUAAUUCACUUCCUUUGAUUUUAUCUUGCCUUGUCUCUUGCCAUAUUUGCUGUUUUUAUGAUAGAAGAUCAGAUUUAUGGUUUAGUACUUGUGCUUUUAUGGCACAGAUUCAAUUUCUACAGUAAAAAUGGCAUAGGUCACAGGCAAGAAUUCCUGCAUCUUGUACAUGGGCAAGUCAGUUAUUUAGUUCCAACCAUAAAGAACAGAUAGUUUCUAAGGAAUUCAGUGGCUCUCUGAUUUCUUAACUAAAGAGAAAGCACAGCACUUUCUGAUCCAAACUGUCUUUUUUUUGUAUCUGUUAUUUAAAGCCCAGUGGAUAUUUCAAUUAAAAAUAUCUAAAGAUGAA